GUAACAGGCUGACAGCAGUGGGAGAGUUUGAGGUUUUCGGUCCAACGCCAAGUCCACCGCAUGGGUGCGUAUUAUUACUUGUGUGAUAUCUCCUCUUAUUGUCCUACCACCGACUUAGCCCCGCCCCUUUCUUCUCCCUCGCUCCCCGAUGAAGGCCAGCCACCAUGCCCUGCACGUGACCCCGUCCGGGGUGCUGGACAGUAUGCAGGACGGGAUGACAACGAUGCGCUUUUUGGCCAUGUCCAACAACGACAUGUUGGUCUAUCACCGUCAGGUGGCGGUCGCGGCGCUCCUCCCUCUGCUCUUUGGAACGGCGGCCAUCAUGGCAGUCAAUCUGGAUAUCCUGCACACGCCCUUCGCCUUUCAUUCCGCCUAUUUUAUACAUCUGAUGUCGCUGUGCUACGCGGCGGAAAUUGUCAGGACGAAGCUGUUACCGCGCCAGCAGACGUACGAGAAAUGGAACGAGUAUAUGUCGUCCGUUAGGCACAACCGUCACGUCUGCUCAGUUCUACUUGCUUACCACAUGCAGAUGGAAUACGGCAACGCUCCACCAGAGGGUUCCCCGGAAGCUAACAGCAUCCCGCACGAAGCGUACAACAUUUGGCGGACCAAAAAUUACGGCCUCAGUCCAACGGAGGUAAAGAUCAAGUACGUCAACUUCUGUUGGCGUUAUGCCUACCGUCUGUGGUGCAAUAAGGUCCAUCUCACCCAGAAAGAUUCCCGUCUGAUUCACCACGAAGAAGAGCAGACCGCUACCAAACCAUCACCUGCCGAUCUGCAUGGCGAUGUUCACGCCCAUGACGCAGUGGAGAAGCUACUGGAUUCCGCUGAUCAUCUAAAACUGCGGACCCUGCAGAAACUGGCGCACCGUGUCAGCAAAUUUGCCGAGGUAUUACAAGGGGAAGCGGCCGGUGCCAGCAAUGGUGGGGGCGGUGCCGAGCAUCCGCAAGACGAGCAGAUCCUGGCGCGGUUACGGGCACAGUUGCAUGGUCCGCAUGAAGGUCACCAAGACGGUCAUUAGCUGUGAUGGUCUUCAGCAAUUUUUAAACAAUGAUAUUUUAUCUGUGCAAGUAUUAAUAAAACAAGAUGGU